CUAGGUUUUACACCUCACGGAACCACCGUCUAACUUACGGCCGGUGUUUUGCUUCGUAUUUUUGGAAAUGUAAUCUCAAUUGUGCCUAGCUAGCUGAUUAGCUUCCGGGUUAGCUCGAAAUUUGGACUGUCUUGCUUUCUCCGACUCGAAAUUCAAACCAAAUCUAUCAUACAGCAGUACCCCCGCGUGACUUUUGCACAGAUUUGACAGCGAAAAAAGCAACAUGGAAUCUUUUUUUAGCAGGAUCAGUCCUGUUAAGACGAACAGGCCCGACCGGAUCUCCGAGCUUUCCUUGCUCUCUCUGCCUGAGCACAGCACUAAGACCUCGCACUGCAGGAAUCUGUUUUCCCCUGGACCCACGGCUGUGCUGUCUCCUGUUACCAAUUUGGCUAUGGACAUGAACAAUUUAGCUGGACUCGGAAGCCAAUGUGAUACCCCGAAAAGGAGAAAGCAUGCACCCCUCGAGAAGGUUCCCUCCUUUGCCUCUGACGUCUCAUCUGAUGCUGGCCUGGGCAUGGAUCUCCCCAGCCCACUAGAUGCCAUCGAAGUGGAAGACACAUUUGAAAAAGCCAUUCGAGAGUCAAGCAGAGUUGUCAAUGAGAGAAUGCCAAUUCGAAGAAUCAACUCAUUGCCCCUCCAGCUCAUGGGCUUCAGUCCAGCUCUGAAGGGACAGCAAAAUGAUCCAAACCGCUAUGGAGUAUUUGGUCAGCAACCUCCCCAAGUAACCACCUCUCAGCAUGAGAAUAAGGAGAACAUGCCAGAGGAAAGCUUUGAAUUCAAGAAACCAACCAAACCUGCGUCGCGGUGUCGUGGGCGAUCCUUUAACGGGCAGUCUAAGGAUACCUUUGCCAGCCGUCCCAGCUCCGCACCAGCCCUCAUGCUUUCUUCACCUCCUCCGGUGCAGCAGCUUGACUUUCAUGACUCCAGCCCCAUGUUUCUGAGAAGUUCCUCCCUCACCUCCUCAAAUGAUGAUGAAGACGAUGGCUUUUUGGAUGUACUUGAUGACAACAUGGAGAAUGACUCUGGGGUACCGAUGGGCAUGGCCAGCUUACUCACUGCCCCACUGGUGGCUGACAGUAUAGGAGAAGACUCUCCUGUGAUUCGGUGCAGACCACGAAGCCUGUUUCGCUCUCCUUCGAUGCCCAGUCCUGUUUCCCGUCUCUCUGUGAAGCGUGCUGACCGCCCUGGAGAUGAAAAUACACCCAUCAGGGUGAAGAGGCGGCGUAGCCUUGCAGGAACGCAAGUAACCACCCUGGAACAAAACCCAGAAUCCCCAAGAAUGGGCUGCUCACUGCUCCAGAGGUCCAAGUCCUUCUGCCAGGCAGAGAUUGAAAAGCUGUUGGACAGUGAGGCUGGUUCUAAUGAGCUAAUAGGUGAUUUCACCAAGCCUUUCGUUCUACCCACAGUGGAUGGAAAACACCAAGACCUCAAAUACAUUACCUCAGACAUGAUGGUGGCAGCUCUCACUGGCCAGUUUGAUCAUGUAGUUGAACAAGUCAUCGUCAUUGACUGCCGUUAUCCUUAUGAGUUUGAAGGAGGACAUGUCAAGGGAGCGCUAAACCUACACCAGGAGGACCAGGUGAAGGAUUUCCUCCUCAAGAACCCGAUUGUCCCAUCCAGCCCAGACAAGCGAAUCGUCAUCAUCUUCCACUGCGAGUUCUCCUCGGAGCGCGGCCCCCGAAUGUGCCGUUUCGUCAGAGAGCAAGACCGCGCCAUGAACGAGUAUCCCAAACUUCACUACCCCGAGCUCUACAUCCUCAAGGGCGGCUACAAGGACUUCUUCCCUCAUUUUCAGACACAAUGUGAACCUCAGUCUUACCGACCCAUGCACCAUGAGGAUUUCAAGGAGGACCUGAGGAAGUGCCGCCUCAAGAGUCGCACCUGGGCCGGAGAGCGCAGUAAGAGGGAGAUGUACGGACGGCUGAAGAAGCUGUGAGCACAUCCUCAUCUUCCCAUUCUGCCGCUAAAACACACUGCCUCUCCAUGAAACGGACUCAGUGCAACCUCCUCAUGUGUCUAACGCCUCACUCUAACAAAGGAGAAAUGCCUUCUGUGAUUGCACCAGCAGAAAAAGGGAUUUUUAAAUUUCCUACAAAGUUUCAUUUAUAGCCAAGUUAGUUAUUUAUGCGAGUUAAAGAGGGAAGGAUGUGAAAUGACGAAUCCUUGAUCCUUGAAGAAAUCAGCAGUGCAGUGAACAGAUUUUAUAAAGGUGAUUUGAAACAAUUUGUAUGUUUAACAAAACAAACCAC